AUGGCGAACCUUGAAGAACGCCUAUAUCCAGUAGUAGAAGGGCUUGACCCCAGCGUGAACCUCACGUUGAAUGCUUCAGCGAAACAGCUUAUUGAGGCUUCAAAAGGCAUCCAAGACCCAAACAUACUCCUGGAGAAGUUUUCUCAGAAUCGAAAAGUCGACGACCCAACGAGAUCCUUACUGAUAGCGUUUUAUAUCAUCCUGGUCGUGAUCGGAGCUGUGGGGAAUGCACUGGUUAUAUUAUCUGUGGUGCGAAAGCCGGUCAUGAGAACAGCAAGGAACAUGUUCAUCGUCAAUUUAGCCGUGUCCGAUGCUCUGGUCUGCGUGGUCGGAACCCCGCUGACUCUCAUGGAACUCCUGACCAAGCAUUGGCCGUUACCGGACUGGCCAAGUUUGUGCAAGGCGUGUGGCGCGAUCCAAGCUAUAUCGAUCUUCGUGUCCACUAUAUCCAUAACUGCCAUUGCCCUUGAUCGAUAUCAGUUGAUCGUCUACCCCACCAAACCUGGCGUUCAAACAAUAGGAGCGCUCGUCACUAUGUUCUUCAUCUGGGUGACAGCAUUCAUCCUUGCUUCACCCCUCUACAUCUUCCGAAGCCUCAAAACGCACAAACUCGGCAUCGCCGGUAUCAGCUCUCUAAGUUUCUGCAUAGAAGACUGGCCUAUCACUGACGGUAGAGCCAUAUAUUCUCUCCUAAGCCUGAUAUUUCAAUAUCUUCUACCGGUUUUGGUCGUCGUGAUGGCCCACAUUCAGAUACAUAGAAGACUGCGAGGCCGAAGAAGGACCACGAGGAAAACGCCAGCAAUAUUAAUAGCCAUAGCAGUUACGUACGUCAUAAGCUGGCUACCACUUAAUGUAUUUAAUCUGGUGGCUGACUUCAGUUCGGCGCCCUUUAAGGACGAGAAGACUAUGACGGUUACUUAUGCUGUUUGCCACAUGUUUGGCAUGUCGAGUGCCGUUUCGAAUCCUUUACUCUACGGAUGGUUAAACGAUAAUUUCCGAAAGGAAUUCGAAGAGAUCCUGACGAAGUGCUGCUGCAGGAAGAAGCCUUUAGUUAACGGCACGAGGACUACUAAUCGGAGGAUGGAGACGGAAUUGACUGCGCUGGCACAGUUGGAGCAUACCGUGACCGGGAACACCAAGACGUCGCAGUGCUCCCAGGUUUUCUGACUAAAAGCUUGCUGCAAAUAACACGAAUCUUCCAGCUUAGAGAUGCAGAGCAUCUGAACUGAUGUUCCAUAUAAGACUUUAGUGUUAAACGUGUAAAA